AUGACUUCAGCAGAUUCAUCAAAUAUUCCUGUUACAAAUCAUGUUGCGACUCUUCUUGAUGAUCUUAUUACCUGGCGAACUAUUGGCAACAAACCGUCAGAUACACGAGGUACAACUAAUAUUCAACCGCAUGGUGGUGCUUGGAUGCCAGCCGAUCGUUCAUUCGACCGAAUUCUAUUUUGGCGUACAAUAGAAAAUAAUUUAUUUCAAUUAUUUGAAUACUCAAUGUCACGUAAUCUUCUACAAAAUGCUGUUCAAAUUCAAUUCGGUGUACCAACAACUGUUUUACCAAAUGUUUUUAUUGUUGAAUUGCCGGAUCGUCAAGAAAUUUGUCUUAUGUUUGCAACACACAUUGGCGUAUAUCGUUGGAUCUUAAAAUAUCCCAUCGGAUCCAACAACACGCAAUCGGACCAAUCCCAAUCAAUACUUGCCGAUAUAACAGAUGAUUAUUUAAUCAAUCGAAAUCAUUUUUAUCGACAUGAGUUACAAUCAUAUUCACAAGUUACCUGUGCUUAUACAAAUGAUCAUCUUAUUUAUGCUUUAUAUAAUGAAAUGGAAACAAUCAUUCUUCGUUUUGAUAAUCAAGACUAUUUAAAUUCACCACAACAAUUGACAUAUCCAAAACGACAAUCAGGGGGUUUAUUUAAUUUCCUUUGGAAUCCGAAUAAAUCAUUAUCAUCUAAUCAACAAACUCAACCGUUUAUUGCUGGUCAAACAACAAUUAUUUACAGUAACAUGACAAUGACAAUUAUUCUAUACGAUAAUGGUUUACUUCGAUUUUUGUCCGAUCAAUUUGAUACAGUACUAUAUGAAUAUAAUUUGUCGAAUGAUCUAUCACGUUCAUCAUCAAAAACUUCAACAAAAAUGUUCUUAGAUUACUGUCAAUAUGAAACAUUCUCUGAUGAACUUAUCACACGUUUAUUUGUUAUUAAUGAUUCGAAUGAUCUUCUUCAUGUUCUUAUUUAUGAAUUUCAAUAUGAUACAUCAAAUAAUUUUAAAUAUUCUUUAUAUCAAAAUAAAUCUUAUACAAAAAGUGUACAAUCGAAUGAUCAUUCACAUUUAGCAAAUGGUUCAUCGUUAACAUCAAUAUCAUGUACAAAUGAUAGACUUCUCUUACACUUAUUAACAAAUCAAAAUCGUUCAAUUCUAUUAUUGUUACAAUAUGAAUUAAAAUCAAAUCAUCGUGAACAAUUUAUUGAAUUACCAAUGGAUUUUAAUGUGAAAUAUUUAAAUGAUGAAUCGACACCUAUUGAUGAUAUUCAACGAAGACUUAAUUCACCAGGAGAAUUUACUAUUGAUAUGAUUAAAGACGCAUUUUGGAUUACAUUUAAUCUUAAUCUAGAUGAAUUAAAUCAAUCGUGGGUAUCAUUAACACAAAUUCUUCAACAAUUACCAAUUAUUCUUCAAAGCUUGUGUAAUGAUCAUUGUGAAGAAAAUUCCAUUCGUAAUGAAGAUCGUCUACAGAUAUUAACUAAAUUUUGGCAAAACCUUUAUAGUACAUUAAUCGAUCUUCGUGCUCAUGCUCUUGUUCUACUCGGUUGUCGUAUAUUCGAUGAAAGACAAUUAAUCAUUCUCAUUCAUAAGUCUGCUAUAUCACUUUAUUCAACAUCGAAAUCUGCAUUACCAUCAAAUCUAAAAUAUUCUCGUUAUACAAAUGAUAUUGAAACAUUAAUGAACAUAUCAGACGAAGAAACAAUUGCUCAAAUUGAUGAUGUUGUGUUAAAUGAAAUAUCCUUAAACGAUAGACAACUGAUAACACAAAAAUUAAAUCGUAUUCAAAAACAUCUCGAACCAAUUGUAAAUAAUGAUCAACUAGUUGAAACUCUACAAUCGCUUUAUGAUAAACAUUUGACAAAAAUAAGUUCAAAUGACAACAGCACUAAUGUAUUUACAUCUAAAAUUGCUCGUCGUGUACUUGUUCUUGUAUUUAUUCAACGUUGUCAUGAAAAAAUUAAUCAAAUUGAACGUUUAAACAAAUUGAUUCCUCUUGUGUUUCGUUCAAAUCAAACUCGCAUUAGUGCUCAUCGGUUAGAAAAAAUUCAAGAAAAAGUUUUACCUUACUUACAAGAUUUAUCUCAAAUUCAUCAAGUACUUCUAUGGCUUUCCUCAUGUGGAAUUGAAUUAUCAACAACAUUCGUAAAUGAUCGUGAUCUAUUCAUUGAAAAUCUUGUUUAUCAACAACCAUAUAAAACGCGAAUUGGAAAUCAAUCGUUACUCGAACAAAUUCUUGCAGAUAACAUUCCAGCAGAAAACAUCGCACCGGAUUCAGAUAAUUGGCUUGAAUUAAUUAAUAAAUCUGCUGAUAAUCUAUUUUCACUUUUAUGGCCCAGUAAUGAGUUUCUAUUAAAAUACUUACCAGGCCGACAUCAAUGGACAAUAUUAGAUCAAUAUUGUGGAAAACUUGAUUGGUUUAAAGAAUUAAAUUCUUCAAGGCAAUUUUUUCAUGCACUAACAUUUUAUCGAUCCGGUGUAAAUAUUGAAACAGCAACAAGACAUUUGGCUGUUGUACUAAAAGAACUUCAUACGGAUCCAUUAUUGAUUGAAAUGUUUGGAAAACAAUCAAUACCAGAAUUAUUUUAUAUUGAAUGGAUUCGAGAGUAUUUAAUAUAUUUCGGUCAAAAUCAACAUGUUGCUUCAUUUCUCCAUCAAUCUUUACAAAGCUCACAUUCGAAUGAUAUUCGUGCUUUGAUCAUUAAAGAAUUAUUUAAAACAAGUAUUGAUUUGAAAAAUUUUGAUGACGCUUUUUGGUGUAUUCAAAAUACAAAUGAUUAUUUAAGUCAAAAACAAUUUACAUUUGAUUAUGCAUCAGCAAUAUGUUCUUUGUCGAAUGAUCAAUCGUUAUAUCGUCUUGAAACACUUAUUCAAUAUCAACAUGAUAAAUUAGGUUAUUUAGAUUUUGAAUUAUUAGCUCAUCUUGAACGAACAUGUGUUGAAAGUCAACAGAUUCAAGCGUCAAAUGUAUACACACUUUAUGAAAUUUAUAAAAUUAUGAAAUUACCAUUGAAGAUGGCUCAAAUAAUGUAUCAUUAUGGCUGUUCAAUAAGCGACAUAAAAGAACAGUUGAAAGCAUUUCAAUUAGCUUUUGAUUCUUUAUCAUCGAUGAAGCAAAUAAAUGAUUCAACGGAACGAUUAUUUAUUUAUCCAAUCAAUUACGAAUAUAAUUCAUUAACACCUUUACAUAUUGAUCAUAAAUCUGCUCGGCUUAUUGGUAUUGAUGAAUGUCGACAAAAACUAGCAAUUAUAUCAGCUAUAGAUACAUUACGAGCAAAUCGUUCAUCAUCGACCAUUCAAAUUACUGAUACAAUGCAUCCAACGCAAAUAGGUGGUAUUCUAGCGAAAUUUCAUUAUCAUAAUGAAGCUCAACAAUUACUUGACGCUUUUCAAAUUAAUAAAUCAUCAACAUAUUUUGUGCAUUAG